AGCCUCAGUAUAUUAAUUUGUGGCCUUAUUAAAAAAAUAAUCACCAUGUCACGUUAGGGGCUCCGUAAACAUCUAUACUUUUUGAAAUGUUUUGGAAGAAGUAUUUUGGAGGGAGACACUUUUCUCUACACUGUCAGCCACAGAUGUUAUUACGACAGGCGGUAAAAGUUCUUGGACAAACGGGUCGCGUGCCAAUAACACUGAGUCACGCGGCGUUUGUAAGCACUACUGAGCGGCCAGAUUUCUCACAAAACCGAGGAGGUACAGGAGCACAAACACAAGCGGGCAAACGUGACAUAUGAGACUGGAACAUGGGCGGAGUAGAUUAAAAACAGCCCUCCCGUUGUUGUCCUGAACAGAAAGCUGGAGUUGCUGUCGUCAGCAAAGACAGGUUUGACGGUGUCUGGAGUUCACAGAGUUCAUGGAAUCGGAACCGCUGUUGACCGGGAGCGUGAGCCGGGGCUCAGUGGACUAUGGGUCUCGACACGGCAGUCAUUCCGACGCGGAGUCCGCGGAGCCUCCAAGGACAAGAACCCCCUCCUAUACAGCCACUGUCCAUGAACAUGAUGGAGACCUUUAUAUCCAGCAAGCGGUUGUAUUCAUUGAGGAUGCCAUUCAGUAUCGGUCCAUCAAUCACAAGGUUGAUUCUGGAUCUUUACGGUUAUACAGAUGGUACUACUCCAGGAUAUGUCAGUGGGGUCUUGGUUUCACAAUUGCUAUGAUCCUUGCUCUGGCCUUUGUGGAGAAACCCUCAUCUAUCUCUUACACGUCGGACCCUCGCUACCGGCCUACACCGUGGGAGCCCCCAUGUGGGCUGACAGAAACUAUAGAGAUAGUCUGCCUCUUAAUCUUUAUCGCAGAUGUUGCUGUCAAGAGUUAUGUGAUUGGAUGGGAGGAGUUCUGCAUCAAUAAAUGGCUGAUUGGCUAUUUGGUGGUAAUAGCAGCAUCAGUCAUUGAUUGGGCAAUAACUGUUAGUAUGGUCUGUAAUGAGACCAUACGAGUCAGAAGACUGAUACGGCCCUUUUUUCUCUUGCAAAAUUCCUCCUUAAUGAAGAAAACUCUAAAAUGUAUCAAGAGGACUCUUCCAGAGAUAGCAAGUGUGAUCCUGCUUCUGGCGCUACACUUGUGCUUAUUUACCAUGAUUGGUAUGCUGAUCUUCCCCAGAUCAGAGGAUCCAAAGAAGAAUGGGGAAUGGGAGACUUACUUUAGAAACCUACCUCGAGCCUUGUCCUCUCUGCUUGUGCUGCUCACAACAGCUAAUAAUCCAGACGUGAUGGUCCCAGCAUACUCUUUGCAUCGGGGUUAUGCCCUGUUUUUUAUACUUUUCAGUGUAUGCGGAACUUAUAUCUUGAUGAAUUUACUCACUGCUAUCAUAUACAACCAGUUCAGGGGGUAUCUUCUGAUGUCAGUGCAGACAUCCAUAAUAAGGAGGCGUCUGGGGAUCCGGGCUGCAUUUGAGGUGCUGUGCUGCAAGAGCCAAGGCCACGCCAGUAACUCUGAAGACCAUGAAGAGGGGGUGCAAGUGAACACCGUGCUGGAGGUCAUGAGCAGAGUGCAGAUGAAGUCUUUCUACAGACAAGCUGUCAUUAAGGCUGCUCAGCAGUUCCGUGAUGGCUUUCUUGACGGUGAGGCUUUCCAGAAACUGUUUGACGAACUGGACAAGGAUCGUAUCAAAGAGCACCCACCAAGUCCAGAGUACAGCUUGCCAUUACUACAGUGGAUCCAGAGUACCUGUAGUCAUUACUACCUCACUGUGGUGGGAAAUGUGGUAGCACUGGCAAAUGUCAUCUGCAUCUGUACUGUCUUGGUUCUAGAUUCAGAGAAGAUUGUGUCUCAGAGGGAUGACUACUACAUGGAGGUCAUAAAUUGUGCUUUCAUCCUAUAUUACCUUUUGGAGAUGGUAUUGAAGCUGAUUGCCUUUGGUUGGAGAGGUUACCUCUCUUACAAAAAUAACAUCUUCGAUGGGCUCUUCACGGUCCUCCUGCUGGUUCUCCAGGUGGCUAUUUUUAUCACAUACAGGAUUUCCUAUCAGUUGAUACCAGUUCAGAAGGGCGUGAUGUCCCUGUGGGAGAUGGUGCGUCUGGUCAACAUGCUGAUUGUCUUCCGUUUCCUUAGAAUCAUCCCAGAAAUCAAGUUGAUGGCUCUGGUCGCCAGUACUCUUGUGGAUCUUGUGAAAAACCUGCGGGCUUUUGCUGGCAUUCUGGUGGUGGUGUACUAUGUGUAUGCAGUUAUUGGUAUCUGGCUGUUCCAUGGAGCUAUUCCCCCUCCAGGAGGCCCAAGUAUGGUCUCCAAUUCAAGUAUCGAGAACGGCACAUCCAACUUUACCAUGGAAUGUGGCUCCUAUGAACAGCUGGAGUACUGGCCAAACAACUUUGAUGACUUUGCUUCAUCUCUAGUUCUUCUGUAUGACGUCAUGGUGGUGAAUAACUGGCAGGUCUUCAUGGACGCUUAUACUAGAUACACUACCGAGUGGUCAAAGGUGUAUUUUGUGUCAUGGUGGCUCACCUCUUCUGUCAUGUGGGUCAACCUGUUUGUGGCACUCAUUUUGGAGAACUUCACCUACAAAUGGGACAAGAGUCAUGCAUUAAGUGUAUCUGAUGUGGAAAGGACACGCUAUGAGACCACAGUGCAGCGGAUGUUCAGAGAGCACGUCCAAGAGCCAACUCAGGAGGAGUUACUGGUCCAACUUCAGCAACACCCCCAUCUCCACCUCACUCGGUGACCCUAAGCCCCACCACACAGCCACAACCACAUGUGCCAAAUACUCCAGCUCUCCACCAUGUCCCACUCAUGGAUGCACGUUUACAUUUCCACUGGACCCGUGCUGGGAAGUGUAGUGUUUGUACCCCUUAUGGGUCAAGACUGCUGUUGUGAGUUUCAUCUUGUGGGGCAUUUUUAUCUUGAUGUUUUUAAGUGGCCUUGAUGCCAUUUGCUGCUGGGUUUUCAUUUUCAUGUGACUUGUUUUGUGUUGAACACAGGACUGAAAUUGUGAGACAUGCUAAUACCCUGCAGGCACUUUUUUGUGUGUGUGAUUUUUAUUUAUUUAUUUUUUAAUGCUUUUAGGACAGAAUCUAUUUGACCUUUCUUUUUGGCUCAGUGUCCUGGGCCAGUUCAAAGUGAAAUGAGCCUAUUUUUUAUUUUUUUAGACUUUGUAGGCAGAUUAAGUUUUAAUACAAUACAAUUCAGUGUGGUGCAGGUUUACCCAAACUAAGGAAAUAACAUCUUGACGUUUGUCAAGCAGUGUAAUUUGUAAUGUUUUCACCUUGAGCAUCUUUUAAAGCUUGGGUGGUGUUCAUUACAUGGUCAGCUUGAGUUCACAUCUCACUGACAAGCAAAAUGCUAGUAGCAUCUUUUGGCUACAUUCAGACAAACAGCAGCCAACAAUUGCACAGCAACAGCACGCUGAUAUUUGGAGCACCUCCAGAAACACUUCUAUUUCAGUGCUGUGCCAAUCACUGCUGAGAUGUGAAUAAUUCAGCAUUGUGGAUCAGCUCUGUAGAAGUACAUGUUUAAAAGCUUGUGAAGGGGCUUUAGCCUGGAUCUUUUUGCACACUAAUAUGUUACCAUGCGUAUAUAAGUGGCACCUUACAGAAAGCAGUGUGACAGCCAUGACCUCAGAAAAGCAGAUGUUAUUUAGUGUAAGUUGUAAGCUGUCUAGGGAGGAAACGCUGACCUGCAUUUAGUUUGCCUGCUCCUGUCCACAUUGGCCAAGUCAACAUUAGCUUUUACAGCAGGAGUAAAGCAGUGGGUGGCAUGCUGAUGACCCUGCUAAUCCAUUCCCAGAUAACAGUGAAUAACAUACCGUGCAGUGUAAAAGUAAUGAAAUGCAAAUCGAACCUUAAAAAAAAUCUUUUUUUUAACAAAAUAUUUAUGAUUGCUUGGUUGUCAUGAUACGGUUCAAACUUUAACAAACCAUUAAUGAGCCAUUAAUUACUUUGAAUUCUCCAUCUUUGGCAGACUUUUAGCAAAACUCAAAUGUAAUGACUGAAAUAGAUUUCAGUUCAGAAAAAGAACCACUGUGAGUGAUUACUUGACAGAGAUGUUGAUCAGACAAAUGCAAUAUGUCAAUGUAGCUUGUGUUUACACUGUAGGCUAUUACAUAAUCAGAUCAUUUUGAACAAAUAAUGUUGAACAGCUGGCCCCUGUUUUGGAACACAGUUGCAUUUCCACAGUUGAGGCUGGAAUGAAAAGGGACAGAGCUUUUACUUCAUUUCUACAGAGGUGUCAUUAGUGUGUUUAGUAACUCUGUGUGAAUGUAAAUAUGAUUUUAAUGCAUUUUUUUUUUAUUGUAGCUAAAAAGUCAGUAUGGAUGUAUUGACUAAUUUUAAUGACUUCAUGACUUUCAGUGAAGACUGUAACAUACCUUAUCAUAUCAUAUGUCUUUGAUACCAUCAAGUGAUUCACAAUGUCAUGAAAUAUAUGAACUAAACUUUGAUUGCUGUAACAACUGG